CCCCCCCCCCAUGUACAAGUGCUGUGGGCCAGUAAAUGUGACAUUCAACUUUCUCCCCUCCAGGGCCAUCUGGAAUGGCAGCAGCAGGCCACCAACCACAGCAGCAGCACUGCAACUGCUUCCAGCUGUUGGCACACAUGGAUCGGAGAAUGGCACGCAUGGGGCGGCGGCUGGCAGCGGUCGAGCAGCUGCUGCAAGUGUUAGAGCAGCGCCAGGUGGCAGGGGAUCGUUCACCUCCACCCCCCACAGAGCAACCGCUGGUCCUAAGCUCAGGACCAGGCAGUGGGACACAGCAGGCUGCCUCCUCCUCCACCAGCGGCAGCACCACCCCUGUGCCCUCUGACCUGGAGGAGGCCAGCACAGUGCCAGCCAGUCUGCCCUCGUCUGCUCCAGGGGCGCCACCAGAGGCCCCACAGUGGGGUGGCCCUGCCCUGCACCUUGCAGGUCUGCCCUCUAGUUCGGAGGACACACCCUGACAGCUGGCCUGCGGCAACUGUGGACUCACGGGGGUUGGUGGCAGCUGUGCAAUGGCCAGGGUGUUGGCCUAAUGACAAUUUUGUGGGCAGUGCCUUGUUGGGGGAGGAGAGCAUUGCUGGGGAAGUUUUA